AACGCGCCGGAAGCGACAGGGCAGCAUGGCGGCUUACGCGGGAGGCGGCCUGAGUGCCGUGGAUGUCCGGGAAGCAGCGGCGGCGCUUUCAUUGCCAGCCGAGGCUUUCGGCAACGAUCCCGCCGUGGAGAUGCUGUGGGCCAUGAAGGCGCACCAGCACGCCGAAGUCUACGGUAACCUCAUUUCUGCAGUUGAUCCCAAGUUCCUGAAACUUACCAAAGCUGAUGACCAGAUUUAUACAGAAUUCAGGAAGAGCUUUAAAGACCUUAAAAUUGAUGUCCUUGAUCCUGAGGAUCUUAAAUCUGAACCUGCUAAAGAGAAAUGGCGACCCUUCUGCUUACAAUUUGAUGGGGUAGUUGAAGACUUUAACUACGGCACUCUUCUACGGCUGGAUUGCAGCAAAGGUUACACGGAAGAAAACACUGUAUUAGCCACCAGGAUCCAGUUCUUCGCCAUCGAAAUAGCCCGUAACCGAGAGGGCUACAACAGUGUUGUUUACAACAGGGCUAAGGAAGCUAGUUCAUUCCAAGAAGAAGCUAGCUCUGGGUGAGGCCUUCAGAUAUCAGACACAGGCCAAUAAAUAAACUCAAAGGGAUCAUGGUUUUGUUUCAGUUGAGCAAAGUGACUAUCCCUGCAACUGGUGCUGGACCAAUCUUAAGAUGCCAAAAUGAACUAAAUCUUGGCUCUGCUGGGGAUGGGCCGAGAAUGCAGUCGAUUCUUCUGGAGUUUCAAUAUUUUGGAAAUGAAUUCAACAUUAAACAUCCUGAAUAAAAGUCAGAAGGAACCGUGUUCUAGCUGGGCUGGAUCCCACAUCCUUUCAGAGAUACACAGAAUACUUAAAUGGCAGAGCAUUCUUCUUAACAGCUGGGCACUGAUCAUAGCCACUCUGAUACAAGGACACUGAUGUCUAACAAAACCACCAUACUACAUAUAGUACCCAGAACUACAGAGGUGCUGCAAGAUCUACAUGUAAUGCUGUGUUUGCCAUCCAGUUUAGAAGGGAGCACUUGCUCACAGGCCACAGCAAGAUCUUUUUCCAAGUAAACAGGCAUGGGAUCAAAAUGUAAGCACAGUUCAGUGAGCCUUUUGAAUAAGUAUGAGCAGAAUUCAAUCUAAAGAUUAAUGUAGGGUUGAAGUAGAGAACUCAUCUAUGUGAGCUUAGUUUGGGCCCAUGUUUUAUAAUGUCA